GGCGUCCAAACGCGAAACGCGUCUCGCAACGCAUCGAUCAGUGAUGGUCGUGCGCACUUAUUAAAAUAAUUUAUGCGAGUCCGUUUCGUCUCGAAUUCCUCGAUGGUAGGCGCAGAAAAUCGCGAACCAGCCUUGAACGCCGUCUUCGCGAAACCGGUGUAGUCGUACGUCGUAUGUUACAAUAAAAAAAUACGAGCAACCUGCAUCUCCCGACCUCCAGCCAGUGAUCGCAUCGCAGACGAACGGUGCGUGACGUCGGAAUACAGCGCAAUCGAAAACUCGCAAUCGCGUAUUACACACGGCCCGAACGACGAAGGAAAUUUUUUAACACGAUGGAGCUUUGUCAAUUCUCGUCCGGUUCGUCCAGACAGAUCGCCGCGUGCAUUGUCGCGUCGUUGCCCGUGUUCAUGGCAGGCAUCGUGCUAGGAUGGCCGUCACCGAUCAUGGAAUAUAUGUCAGAUGGACGGGCACCCGUGUUACUGACAUCAGCGCAGAUAUCAUGGAUGGUGGCUUGCAUCGACAUCGGAAACUUCGCCAUGGCUGUGCCUGCAGGAUGGCUGAUGGACCAGAUCGGGCGCAAGUACGCCGUAACCGCAUCCGCACCACUCAUGUUCACCGGAUGGAUGUUCAUAUUGUUUGGCCGACAAGCAUGGUGUCUGUACGUGGCUAGACUUCUUCAGGGUUCCGCCGUGGGUAUCGCAUGGGUGGUGGCUCCGGCGUACGUCGGCGAGAUGGCCAGCAUUGGGAUACGUGGCAAGCUUAGCUUGUUGGUUCAGCUCAGCUAUGCAUUGGGCCUGUUAUUCUCGUACUUUGCGGGUUGGCUACUUGGCAAUUACGCCGCAUUAGCUAUCGUGUCUGCCAGUGUGUCAGUCAUAUCCGGCGUGCUGUUCCUGUUCCUGCCUGAGUCACCGUACUAUUUGAUGCUGGACGACCGACCGGACGAUGCGGCCACAUGCCUCUGGUCCCUGCGAAGUUACACCGAUGAUGAUUUACAGACUGAAUUGUUGUCCGUCAAAGAUUCCAUUUCAAACGACAGGCACAAAGGAAGCAUCAGUGACCUGUUGAACAGAGACCGUCGACCGCUGGUGAUAGUAAUCGUAUUGGCCGUACUGCAAAUGGCCUGCGGGGCCGGCGUGUUGGAAGCGUACGCGGCGUCCAUCAUGUCGAACACGCAAAUAUCGUCAAACGCGUCCGCCGUCUACCUGGGACUAGUCGUGCUGUUGGCCGCCGUGCCGUUCGCGCUGGUCGUGGACCGGUCCGGUCGGCGGCCGCUGAUGAUCGUCUCGUGCUUCGGCACGGCCGCUUGUCACGCGACCGUAGCCAUCAUCCUCUGGUAUCGGGACGUCGUCGGCCGCAGCUGGCUGCCGCUGUUCUUGUCCAUAGCCGGCGCCCAGUUCUUCAUCAACAUCGGCCUCAUGCCCCUGCUGUCCGUCGUCCAGUGCGAGUACUUCCCGUCCGACACCCGGGCCCUGGCCGACACGGCCGUCGUGAUGGCCGUCACGAUCACGUCCACUUUCAUGAUCACCACUUAUCAGCCGGUGGCCGACGCACUCGGCACGUCCGCCAACUUUGUCAUCUACUCGAUCGCUUGCCUGGCCGGCGGACUGUUCUGUUGUCUGUUCAUGCCCGAGACCAAGCGAAAAUCGUUCGCCGAAAUACAAGUAGACUUCCACAAGACCAAACGGCCCGACGGAAAAAUCCAGAAACUUAGCGAUUAUCAGGAAAUAGCCUGAGCCUGUCAAAUUACUACGACUACUGCACAGGAUAUUCGGCGAUGACAACGGAACUGGAGAUAUAUUGAAACGUGUUAACGUAUCUUGGUAGUACGCCAGUUUAAUAAAUUAUAAAUGAACGAAUUAUACGUCAUUUGGCGUGACCGAAUCGUAUAUUUCAACGCGACAACAUCGCGAGACACUUCCUUUAGGUCUUAUAGAAUUUUUUACCGACAAUCGACAUAUUUAUCAUGACGCCGAUUAAUAUAUAAAUAUAUUAUUAUUAAUAUAAUUAUCAACAUAAUUUUUAAGAUUUCGUUUAUAGAUGACAGAUAACUACAAUUUCGUGAUAAGUACCUACUUUUAUUAUUACGUAAUAUAUUAUAUACUUAAUCCUAA